AACGACAAUCGUUGUGUCAAAUGUCAAAUAAAAUAACAAAAAUAUUAUAAAAUUAGGAAAAAAAUAAAAAACAAUUUACUUGGGUAUAAUAUUUAUUUGAAUGUUGGUAAGAAAUGUGAAUUUGUCUGCAAAUUAGAUCAGCCCCUUUGUCAUCAUCAUCAUACCAUCAACAACAUCGUCAGUAAAUUAUCAAAAGCAGUUGAACAUCGUGGGGAAAAAAUAUUAUUUAAUAGUCAUAAUAUCAAGUUUAAUUAUUGAGACCUUGAAGCCGGCGUUUAACGACCAGCUCAGGUGAUAAAUAAUUAAAAAUAAUGUCAGGUAAAAGUCAUGAAAAACUUGGAGAAAUUGACAGUCAUGUCACCAAGCAGUACAACAUUAUUCGACGACUUGGCAAAGGGGCAUAUGGAAUUGUUUGGAAAGCUGUUGAUAGAAAAUCACAUGAAACAGUAGCUGUUAAAAAAAUAUUUGAUGCAUUUAGAAAUCAAACUGAUGCUCAACGUACAUUUCGUGAAAUAAUGUUUCUAUUAUCAUUAUCAAAUCAUGAAAAUAUCAUACAGCUAAUUGGCCUACACAAAGCUGAUAAUGAUCGUGAUAUUUAUUUGAUAUUUGAAUUCAUGGAAACUGAUCUUCAUAAUGUUAUAAAAAAACGUAACAUAUUAAAAGACAUUCACAAGGUUUUUAUUAUGUAUCAACUAUUUAAAGCAAUAAAAUAUAUUCAUUCUGGAAAUGUCAUACACAGAGAUUUAAAGCCAUCAAAUAUAUUAUUGAAUGCUCAGUGUCAUUGUAAAAUAGCUGACUUUGGAUUAGCAAGAUCAGUUACACAAAUUACUGAUGGUGUUGGUGAGACUGGAUGUGAUCCAACAUUGACUGAUUAUGUUGCAACAAGAUGGUAUCGUGCACCAGAAAUAUUAAUUGCUUCUAAAAAAUAUACAAAAGGUAUUGAUAUGUGGUCAUUGGGUUGUAUACUUGGUGAAAUGUUACUGGAAAAACCUCUAUUUCCUGGAACAUCAACAAUUAAUCAAGUUGAAAGAAUCAUGGCAACUUUACCACCACCUACACCAGAAGAUAUUGCUUCAGUAAGUGCUGGUUAUGGAUCAAAUUUAUUAGAAAAAACACCAAAUAUACCACGACGUCCACUUGAACAACUUUUUACAAAUAUAUCAGAUACAGCACUUGAUUUAUUGAAACGUUUAAUUAUAUUUAAUCCAAAUAAUAGAUUAACAGCUGUUCAAGCAUUGGAACAUCCUUAUGUUGCUGCCUUUCAUCAUCGAGCAAGAGAACCAGAACGUGGAGCAAAUGUUAUUCCACCACUUCGUGAUGAUGUACAACUUUCAAUUGACGAGUACAGAAAUAAACUCUAUGCAAUGAUGGAUGAAAAACAUAAAAAGCACAAAAAUAUGUCUAAAGCAAGAAUACGAAGAUUAUCUGAACACAUUAGAAAAGACACAAAUAAUGCUGGUCAAGGUGAUGCACCAGCAAAAAAAAAUUUACAUUUUCCUAUUGAUGAUAUUAGAAAAGAAAAAGAAAGAAAUGAAUUGUUUAGACAUCCAGAUAUGCGUUCAAAUGAAAGAAACGUCAUUUCCCAGUAUGCAAAUAAUUUGAUCAAUGGAAACUUUCGUAAUGCACCACCAAGUCAAGCUAAAAGCUGCCAGUGUUUGAGUCAACAACAUCAAAAAUUCGUCAAGUCACAACGUUCAAUACAGUCGGAUCAAAUAGUAGUGUGUGGAACAAAUGGUAAAUUGAAUCAACAACCAGUUCAACAAAAAUUACGAAGAGGAGUUAAACAAAUACCAGUAUUAGCAAGAUUGUCACUUGCUAAAACACCAGUUAAUCCAAUGAGAUACCCUCUGCCAAAACGUCCAAGUCAAGAUAGUCCAAGAAGUCAAGUAAUAAUUGCAAAUAAAAUGCCUAAUAAUGUUACAAAACAUUUUGUCAAUGGAACCCAUUCAAUCAACAACAAUAUAUCACAUAAUCAGGUCAUACAAAAUUAUCUCAAUCAAACAAUGCCAAUGGUUACUAGAUCAGCUGUACAAAGAAAUUGUACAACUAGUUCUUGCAACAAGGCAACACGUAGUCAAGCAUUGAAGAGUCAUUUGAGACAAAAACCAACAUCAACAAUUACAUCAUCAACAUCAGGAGCAACAAAUACAACAACAAUGAAAAAUUAUCGUUCAAUUAUUAGCCAUAAUCAAAGUCAUGGUAUUAUUACUGCGUCUGCAUACAAAGAACUCAAAAAUGGAAAUAGAUGAUUAGAAAGCAUUUGAUGAAAUAAUAAAUUUUUUUUUUUGUAAUUUAAACACAAAUUUUAUAUGAAAAGAAAAAAUAAACAACUUGGAAAAAUUUAUUUUAAAAUCGCUGCCAAAUUUAAUGAUCCAAAUUGAGUCUUGUAAAACUAUGAUAAAUUGAUGCCUUUUUUUUUUUUCUUUUUAUAAAGAAGAGAAUACAAUGUACUUGUAUAUUAACUAGUCGAAAUUUAAAUAUAUAUAAUACAAUUUAUUUAUUUAUAUUAAA